CUUCUCCUCCCCCCAUGCUCUCUCUGGGUGGGUGACGUCACUAGCAGUGUCUCCUGUUCAGUACCAGGGACAGCAGCCUUUACCAUCAUUAUUCUGCUGCUAUAGGGUCCUUAUUGCUACCCCCUCAAAGAAGGGAGGCUCAGUGACUGAGGGCUGAUACAGACACAUAGAAGAUAGAAGCAUUAGCCUGUAUGCCUGCAGGUGGACUGGUCCUGUCUUUUGGGGAGGGGGAGCCUGGAUAUUUUGCUGUGGAUGGGACCAAGCUUCAUGCAGUCGGCCAUGGCUCUGGCAUUGCCAAGUAAAAAGUCAUCCUCGAGAAACAUUGCAGUGGAGAGGAAGAAUCUACUGACUGUUUGCAGGUCAGCUCUGGGGGGGUAGAAGGAAAGGGGGUGGAAAGGUUCCAUUCUAGAAUGACAAUGGAAUACAAUGUAUAUAGCAUGGACAUAGAGCUGGGGUGAGGCUCAGAGGGACACUGGGAGCUCAUGGAAAUAGACUGAUGGGAAGAAAGGCUUCAGAUCCAUUCCUCAGAGAGGUGUUAGAGAAAUGGGUGUCUACCUCCUCUAGAAUAAAUGGCUGGAGGUCCUCAGGGCAAACAGAAAGAAAAAGACAAGCUUGUAAUGGGAUGGUUAGGCUUGUCAAGGGAUGAUGGCUUAAAAUAAGGUUAUGAGAGGUAGAAUGAUUUUUGAGAGCAAGAUGUCUCAGGACAUAUAAAGCAGGCAUAUCUACAAGGGGUUAAUGUAAUUGGGUAGAGGAGAGGAGGAAGUUAACAUGCCAGAGAGUGACAUUUUUUUAUGGGGGGUGGAGGAUGUCACUGAUGGCAUUCUGUAAGAGAAAACUGAAUGGGAAUUCUGGUCAUAGGGGGUGAUGACAGGAAGUGAGAUCACAGCUGGCCAUGUGAUGUCAUAACCUGAAUUAAAGAAGGAGGCCAAGGACACAUUGGGAGUGCAUAUCAUAGUCUAUACACACACAAUGUCAACUGAAUAUACAUUGUCUAAGUAUGUUUAAUAGGCGAUUGUACAUAUUAAUACCCCCUCUCUGUCUCUUCAUUUCUCUCAUGCUAACUCAACCUCUCCUUCUAUAAUGGCUUUUCUAUCUGGUUGAUUAGUACUCAGUCUGCCACUCCUAUAUAAUAAUAUAAAUAUUUGUUUAGUAAAAUUGCUGAUUUGAAAAUGUUUAAUCUCUAUUUAUACCUAGUUUAUUCUUAUUUUUCAUCUAUUGUCAUUUUAUAGUUAUUAAUAUCUGUCUAGCUAAGCUAUCAACCAUCUACCCUUUAUCCGAUUUCCAAUCUCUUUACCUCUCUCACCUACCCCAUAUAUUUUUUUUAAUAAAAGUGAGAUUAUGCUUCUCUCUCAAUUUCCUUUACCAGCACCCCUUUUUUAAUCAAAAAUGAUUUCCCAGUAUAAAAUACUAUUAUACUAUAUACCAUAACAGUAUAUAUCUCUUUCUUUAACAAGCUUGCGAUUUUCAUCUUUCCUUUUCUUCCUGAUUAUUCCUCCUCUUUUUUUCGGCAGAUAUAUAAUAUUCAUAAUUUUCUAUUUACAUUUGACUUCACCAUCCUACCUGCUAAUAUAUAAUAUGUAUAAAAAUAUGCUUGUUUGCUUGUUCACGUGUCCUCAUCCUGUUGCUUGCCCAUCUCCUUCUAAUCACAUUCUAUAUAUUGAUAUUCUGUAACUCUCAAAGAUCUGUCAGAUGUUCGAAUGUCUCUCUAUGAGCACUCACUAACCCUUAUCUGACUUCUCCUUUCUCACACUCAAGCCCACCUACUUGAGUGUGACUGCCUGGAUGCCCCAUUGCUACCGGUGAAGUCCACAUACUCCGACCCCUACCUCAUGCCCAUUUUCUCUCUCUGUACCCACCCACUUGCACUGCCACAUUCCUCAUAGUCAUGCCCCAUCACUCCUAUUCCUUUGCUCGACUUUGUCAUUCACACCUGCCCACUCACUCUUUACUCCCUUUCCUCUGCCUGACUCAUCAAUUUAUUUUCACACUCAUUGAACUACCUUUACUUAAUUACGUUGCUAUAUUUUUCCUUAGUUUUUGGCCCUGCCAGAUGCUUCUCUUGAAUAAGAAAAAAAAAACAAAAGACAAUGAACAGUCAUCUAUUUCUUUAUUUCUUAACUCUUAAUCAUUCCGAGACCCAUCCUCAAGACCCACCAGAGGUCCAGGUUUUAGUAAUGUCUAUGUUUGAAAUAACUUGAAAAUUCCUAAACCUUGUACUCUAAGAUAGAAACAUAGAAUGUGACGGCAAAUAAGAACCAUUCGGUCCAAUUUUCUAAAUACUUUCAUUAGUCCCUGGCCUUAUCUUAUAGUUAUCCCACGCAUGCUUAAACUCCUUUAAUGUGCUAACCUCUUCCACUUCAGCUCGAAGGCUAUUUCAUGAGUCUUACCUUCUCAGUAAAGUAAUACUUCUUGAUAUUAUUUGUAAACCUUUGUCCCUCUAAUUUAAGACUAUGUCCUCUUGUUGAGGUAGUUUUUCUUCUUUUAAAUAUAGUCUCCUCCUUUACUGUGCUGAUUCCCUUUAUGUAUUUAAAUGUUUCUAUCAUAUCCCCCCCCCGUCUCAUCUUUCCUCCAAGCUAUACAUGUUAAGAUACUUUAACCUUUCCUGGUAAGUUUUAUCCCGCAAUCCAUUAACCAGUUUAGUAGCCCUUCCCUGAACUCUCUCUAAAGUAUCAAUACCCUUGAUACUUUAGUUGUUCUACACCAUGGGUAGUCAGGUUCGGUACUCCAGUUAUUCCACAUCUCCCAUAAUGCUUUGUCAGUGUUGUGUCUGUAAGAAUGGGAGAUGUAGUACAAAUAUCUGAAGUUCCAAAGGUUGAUUAUGUCUGUUCUACACCAACAGCUGGCUCUGUAGCUGAGUUACCAACCUUUCACACUCCUCAAAUAUUAAACUAUUUAAAUCUUUGUGUCCUCACCAGUCUCAAAAACCAUUACCUCAUGCUCAUCUACUUGACUGACAAAACGCAUUCAAGCUCUUCAUCCACGUGCAGAAGCUUAGUAGGAAGGUCCAUCUUUAUUGCCUAUCUCUCAUCCCUUUGUCCUACUGCCCCAUACUUUAUUUUAUAGCCACAUCUUUUGUCACCAUCCAUGUUCACUUUCUGCACCCCUAUAACUUUUCUUUGUGGCUUCCUUGUCGUCUUUAACCCAGGUUUUCUGUGAAGACACUCCUAGAGAAAUACACGGCUGAGCCUAUUGACGAUUCAUCAGAAGAAUUUGUGAAUUUCGCUGCAAUUCUUGAGCAUAUUCUUAGCCACCGUUUCAAAGGUGAAAAAGACAGGAGGGAAGAGAUUUGUAGAGAUAAGGGAUGGAUAGCUGAGCAAAACAGGAGAAGGGACAAGAAGAGAGUUAUUUGAGUUGAAAGAAAAAAACCAAGGGGAGAGAUGGGAACCACAUUGGAGGGAUGAUUGGGAGAGAGAAUAGAAGGAAGAUAAAGUGAAGGAGGAGAGUGAGAAGGGAAAUAAAUAAAUGAAUAGGGAUGGAAUUAGAGAUGGAUGAUGAGAAAAAGUGAAAUGGAUAAUAGGGGAAGGGAGGAAAACAAGGGAAAAAUAUGGAAUGGAAUUUUAAACAGAGGGUAGUCGAGAGAAGGAAAUAAGAACGUAUGGGAUAAAGAUCAGAGAGGCAUGGAGACAGAAGGUAGUAGAAAGUAUGGGGGAAAAAAAUCGGAGCUGUGUGACAUAUAUUGUAAUUUAGUAGAUCCACAGGAUAUAAUGGAGCAGAGUCAUAGACUCCUUGCUCUUGUGAGCUUUAAUCACUAAAGGUACACUCCACUACCCAAAUAAAACAAUAAAUACAUAUAACAAUUUAGUAGAUAUAUCCUAAUAAAAAAUGCAGGCAUUUAUCUAUGCAUAUUUUAAUUAGGGGUAUAUCUAAAAUCUACUUGUAAAAGCUGCAGUUCUCCUGUCUGCAGCGUUUGAAAGCCUUCCCAUUCUAACCCCGACCAGACUCUCUAUGGCUGUUCAAUCACAGACUUCACAAUGAGAAGUCUCUGCAAGGCAGGUGCUCUGGGUAAUUGCCACCUCUUAAGUUUAGCUAAACUGAUCUAAACAAAACCAAACAAAAAACAGGAAGUAAAAGGACAUGUCUGAUUGACAGCCAGAGGGGGUGUAACCAUUUUAAUUUAUAUUUCUAUUGAAAUCUGCACAUUCUGUAAAAUGAAAAGUACUCCAGCAAGCUAAAGUGUUUUAGGGGCCAUUAAUGCAUUAUGAUAAAUGGAAACCAAUCUUUCGCUUCUCUUUUCUCUCCCCUUUUGCUUGCAAUCUGUAAUGCUGCUUCUAAUUUGUUAAGUUGUGUUAUAUAUGAUUAUCUUUCCCCUACAAACUCUUUUUAAAGUUUACUCUGUCAAUGUGAAAUCUCUCCAUUUUCUGCCAAUGUUGUUUUCUCUUUUUCUGUCAGUGUGGUUUGUCUCUUGUCUCACUCUAUCUCUGUGUCUCCUUUGUCUGCUCAUGCUAACUCUCGCUGUCUUGGUCUAAUUUCUGUCUCUUCGUGCAGUGUCGCUCUCUCUUCUGUCUCUCGCGGCUGUAUUUCUGACCUUUUCCCCACGCUGCUAUCUCUUGACUCUCUACAAAUUAUUUCUUUGUCAGGGCUGUCUGUCUAAUGCCUCCAGUCUCCUGCGUUGCUCUCACUAUACUCUGUCCAUGUUGUCUCUGUCACUGUUGUUAAAUUCAGAAUCAUUCUUUCUUUCUCACACAUUUACAUUGUAUACUCAUUCUUCCUUUACUUUCUGGCCGUGCAGGUAAUCUAGUGACCAACACCAUCUCACUACUUUCUUUCCAUACUGUCUUUCUGGCUGCUCUAUAUCCGUGCUGUCUCUCUGGCAGCUUUCUGUCCGUGCUGUCUCUCUGGCAGCUUUCUGUCUGUGCUGUCUCUCUGGCAGCUUUCUGUCCAUGCUGUCUCUCUGGCUGCUCUCUAACCGUGCUGUCUCUCUGGCUGCUCUCUAUCCAUGCUGUCUCUCUGGUUGCUUUCUGUCCGUGCUGUCUCUCUGGCAGCUUUCUGUCUGUGCUGUCUCUCUGGCUGCUUUCUGUCCGUGCUGUCUCUCUGGCUGCUCUCUAUCCGUGCUGUCUCUCUGGCUGCUCUCUAUCCAUGCUGUAUCUCUGGCUGCUCUCUAUCCAUGCUGUCUCUCUGGCAGCUUUCUGUCCAUUGUGUCUCUCUGGUUUUUUUGUUGUUGUCCAUGCUGCCUCUUUGACUGCUCUCUAGGCUAUCUCUUGCUACAUUUUAAUAGAAAUACUUGGGAAGUGGAGCGCUGGACAGGUGGCAGAGAUCAAACAAAAGGGUAUAUAUAAUAGGAGACCUAACAACAUAUUAACAAUAAAUACACAAUAAUAUUACAAAUACCCUAAAUCUCUGACUUAAAUGUCUUAAAGUAUAGUGCUACUUUUGAAAUUAUCUGUAUAGAAUAUUCAAGCAAUCAUGUACUAUAAUUAACAUGAGAACUAAUAAACAUAUCAGCUGCAGCAGACUAAUUAAUAAACAGUCCAGUAGUGACUGUGCAAAUUCCUUGAAUCAAAUAUUCCUUUGGAUAAUGGUACUCCGUAGUAGAAGUAGGUAUAUGUGGAAACACAGAGAAAAAGAAGCAGUUAGUUGGUUAAUCUUAGUAUCGGCAGAAAUUCAUGAAAUGCAGUCCAGAUUGCAAGAAAUAAAAUUGGCUUUAUUAGAAUCUUGGCACUUAAGCUAAAAAUCAAUAUAAAAAUCUCACAGUAAAAAUUCAAAUAAAAUACUGCGUGUGCAGACCUCAUAAACGAGUGUUUGUAGACUGGUUCACAAAAUGCAUACUGGGUGCCGACCUUUAGUGCUCACGGCGUCCCGGAUCAGCAGUUUAGAUGUUGUAUAGCUGAAUGCAGUAAAGGCAGAUGCGUCCUAGAUGCUGGCUUUUAGUGAUCAGCAGUCAGUCCCUCCAAACGCGUUUCUACUACAGUCACUACUGGACUGUUUAUUAAUUAGUCUGCUGCAGCUUAUAUGUCUAUUAUUUCUCAUGUUAAUUAUAGUACAUGAUUGCUUGAAUAUUCUAUACAGAUAAUUUCAAAAGUAGCACUAUACUUUAAGGCAUUUAAGUCAGAGAUUUAGGGUAUUUGUGAUAUUAUUGUGUAUAUCUUGCUACAUUUUGCCUAUUCUGUCUCUCUGGCUGGUUUCAGUUCAUGCUGUCUCUCUGGUUGGUUUCAGUUCAUGCUGUCUCUCUGGUUGGUUUCAGUUCAUGCUGUCUCUCUGGCUGGUUUCAGUUCAUGCUGUCUCUCUGGCUGGUUUCAGUUCAUGCUGUCUCUCUGGCUGGUUUCAGUUCAUGCUGUCUCUCUGGUUGGUUUCAGUUCAUGCUGUCUCUCUGGUUGGUUUCAGUUCAUGCUGUCUCUCUGGCUGGUUUCAGUUCAUGCUGUCUCUCUGGCUGGUUUCAGUUCAUGCUGUCUCUCUGGUUGGUUUCAGUACAUGCUGUCUCUCUGGCUGGUUUCAGUUCAUGCUGUCUCUCUGGUUUCAGUUCAUGCUGUCUCUCUGGUUGGUUUCACUUCAUGCUGUCUCUCUGGCUGGUUUCAGUUCAUGCUGUCUCUCUGGUUUCAGUUCAUGCUGUCUCUCUGGCUGGUUUCAGUUCAUGCUGUCUCUCUGGUUGGUUUCAGUACAUGCUGUCUCUCUGGCUGGUUUCACUUCAUGCUGUCUCUCUGGUUGGUUUCACUUCAUGCUGUCUCUCUGGUUGGUUUCAGUUCAUGCUGUCUCUCUGGUUGGUUUCAGUUCAUGCUGUCUCUCUGGUUGGUUUCAGUCCAUGCUGUCUCUCUGGUUGGUUUCAGUACAUGCUGUCUCUCUGGCUGGUUUCAGUUCAUGCUGUCUCUCUGGUUUCAGUUCAUGCUGUCUCUCUGGUUGGUUUCACUUCAUGCUGUCUCUCUGGCUGGUUUCAGUUCAUGCUGUCUCUCUGGUUUCAGUUCAUGCUGUCUCUCUGGCUGGUUUCAGUUCAUGCUGUCUCUCUGGUUGGUUUCAGUUCAUGCUGUCUCUCUGGCUGGUUUCAGUUCAUGCUGUCUCUCUGGUUGGUUUCAGUUCAUGCUGUCUCUCUGGUUGGUUUCAGUUCAUGCUGUCUCUCUGGCUGGUUUCAGUUCAUGCUGUCUCUCUGGCUGGUUUCAGUUCAUGCUGUCUCUCUGGUUGGUUUCAGUCCAUGCUGUCUCUCUGGUUGGUUUCAGUCCAUGCUGUCUCUCUGGUUGGUUUCAGUUCAUGCUGUCUCUCUGGCUGGUUUCAGUCCAUGCUGUCUCUCUGGCUGGUUUCAGUCCAUGCUGUCUCUCUGGCUGGUUUCAGUUCAUGCUGUCUCUCUGGCUGGUUUCAGUUCACGCUGUCUCUCUGGUUGGUUUCACUUCAUGCUGUCUCUCUGGUUGGUUUCAGUCCAUGCUGUCUCUCUGGCUGGUUUCACUUCAUGCUGUCUUUUGCUGUGUUUUGUCCAUUUUGUCUCUAUGUUUGCAUCCUGACCAUGCUGUCUCUUUGACUGCAUUCUAUUCAUGCUCUCUCUCUUUGACUGCUGUCUCUCCGGGCAGUUUGUCUCUUAUUGCUAUCGCUGUAUGCUGUCUAUCUCUGGUUUGUCUCUUCUUCCAUGCCUUCUCCCUGCCCUCUGACAUCCAUCCUGUAUUUGAAUAAUAUUCCACAUCUCUGUGAUUUGUUUUUUUAAAUCCAUAUUUUCCUAUUACCCUACACUUGUCUAAUUGCUCUAAAAAUCCAAUAUUUUUUUUCUCUCUCUCGAUGUAUGAUUUGCAUUGUCUUUCUUCCUUUGUGCUCGCAGGUCAUGUCAGCUGGUUCAGCUCCGAUGGUCAGAGAGGAUUCUGGGAUUAUAUCCGAAUCGCUUGUAGCAAAGUCCCCAACAAUUGUAUCAGCAGCAUUGAAAACAUGGAAAACAUCAGCACAGCCCGGGCAAAGGUACGAGGUUGGGCUGUUAUUGUCUAGUGUAUUUUGUGUCACUGGUUGUACGUUGUGUAGCAAGGCCUUUUUAUUGUUUUGCGUAUUGUAUUCUAUUGCAUACCUUGUCAUUUGGCUUAUUUCGUUAAGUAAUUACACUUGAUGGACAGGCUCUGUUCAACCGUGGCUUUGUGUUGUAGGGUCGGGCCUGGCUGCGUCUCGCUCUUAUGGAGAAACGAUUGUCAGAAUACAUUGUGACAGCUCUCAGAGACACACGAACCACAAGGCAAGGAAUGGAAGAGAUAUCUAUUAACCCUUUGAGGUUGGAGAUGCACAAAGGGUUAUCAUUGAACACUACUAGCUAUCUCUUGUAUUUUUCUGACUUCCAUAUUUUUUAUUUACCCAUCCCUUUAUACACAAGCAGUGUUCUCCCCCUUUCGUUGGACAUGCUUCUUACUUCCAUUCUCUGUCCCCGUUCCCCAGGAGAUUUUAUGACGAUGGUGCAAUCUUGCUGCGAGAAGAAUCCUCAGUACUCACCGGUAUGCUAAUAGGCUUGAGUGCCAUCGACUUCAGGUGAGGAGAGGUAACGUCCCCCUCCUACCCUUCAAGCUUCCUUGCUACUUCCCUUUCCUGUCCUCAAACAUUGUAUCUUUCUUACCUUCUCUCCAAUGUCCACAAUCUCACCAUCUGCAUCGUCUCCUCUAUCUUCAGUGCUCACCACUUCACAAUUUACUUUUUCACACCAUCCUUUUCACGUGUAUCUUUUUGACCCAACGAGUAUCCAAGAGCCUCACUCUCUCUCACUUGGAGCUUAGCCCCAUGCCCAUUCCAAGCACUCGUUUCUCUUAUCCCUUCCCACCAGAACUUUAAGGCCAAAUUUAUCAUGUCAAAACAGGUACGAAUCUUGAGCAAUGUUGAGAGAAAUUCCCAUUUUGCCUUGUUAACUCUCCCCUUAGUGUUCCUUCCAGCACACACAUUGUGAUUUCAUACACAAAACAAGUCACUCUCCCAUUCCAGUUCUUAUGAGCUGGACCAGUUCUGGGAAAUCUCAUUACCUCCUGUCCUAAUACUCUGUAAGUGAAUGAGUAAUACCAUCCAGACUUAUAUCUAAGAGCCCAUUAACAAUAUGGAGCGAUCUGCCAAGAGUGGUGACUACAAUUCACCAGGACUUUAUUUUUUUAUUCUUAACUUUUUUAAACUUUUUUUCUUUUUUGCCAUUGUAGAGUUACAGGUCAGCUAUAAAAGUUUGGAAGCCAUCAAAAAAAAAAAAUAUUACGGUCGAGUUUAAUAUUUCGUAGUAAUCUCUCAUAAAAUGUUCAUUUCCCAUAAAUACUUUACUAUAUUUAUAUCAUCCAUUGAAGGGGGGUGGGUGAGGGGGGGUCUCCUCUCUCCGUCAGCCAUGUCCUUUGUUCUGUCCUCCCCACAUCAUUACCAUCCUGUCCCAUACAUCUCCCUCUCUGUGAAUCUCCAGACCCUUGGAUUUGAUCCAUGCAUACAUUACUCUCUUACAGCUUUUGCCUUAAAGGAGAAGGCAUUGAUGGCAAAACUCCAGCAGUCAUAGAUUACACUCCCUACCUUAAGUUUACACAAAGGUGAGUUUUUUUUAAUGCAAAGUGAUAACAGGAUUAAUACGUGAGCUUGUAAAUUGAUUUAGAUGGAGUAGAUUCUAAUAUUUCUCACUAGUCAUGUUUUUUUUUGUUUUUUUUAAAUAUAUCUCUGGGGUAAUUUUUGCCUAUUUGUAGUUAUUAGAUUAAGCAGCAGAUUGGAGUGUAGAUACAUUAAAGUGAUACUUAACCCCUAAUGACACAUGACAUGACGGCUGGCUUUUUACUUCUGAAGCUGUGUCCUUAAGGGGGUCAAUUUAUGUUCCAAACUGAUGUUCUGCUUUUUUUCAUCAGCUAUGAUUACUUGAGCGAGGAGGAGGACAGGGAGAGCGUGGGGGGGAGUAGCAGUGAAGACAGUUCACCGGAACGUCCUUACCUGCCCCUUCUUACUGACGAGGAGAGUUGGUACAGCAAGUGGCGCAAAAUGGAGCAGAAAUUUCGCAUUGUCUAUGCACAGAAGGUAUGAAUAAAUUAUGGUACUUUGUAUCUCCAGUAAUUGUUUGAUUUGACUUGUACGACCAGAGUAAUCCAGAUCUCUCCCAUGUUCUUUUUAUGGAUUCGGUUAAUUCCAGGAUAGAAUAAUUCAUCAAAUUAUAAUUUAACAUAUUCAGGGUCAUUCACUAAGGUGAGAGACAAUAAAGUGAAUUUCGAUAUCUGCAGCUGACUUAGAAUUGGAACCUUGAUAUCACGAUCAUGUAGUAAAUGUAUCGGCAUUAUAUUAUCCUCCUUUGCAGUGCUAUAAAUAUCGUUCUCCGUGGAAAAGGAAUGAAUGAUACGAUGCAAAGACUAGGACUUUAACUAUAAAUAUGAACAGCCAGAGAAUCCAAGAAUAAGUCAUAAUAUAAAUUAUAAAUAUUGAGUAAUCUAGAGAGUAGAAGUGAACCUUUGGCCAAUGUGCUUAGAGGGAGACGAGAUGUCAAAUCUAUUUAUCUGAUCUGUUUGUCGGGCUCUUUAUUGGUCUAUCGAGCAUAAACAAUGCCAGCCCAGCUUUUGGAAACUGUUAGGAGAAGAAAAGAAAUAAAAGAGAGAGACAAACAGCAGGAUGCUUAUGGAAACUAUAGGGGGAUGGAAAACAGAUGCGGACAGUUGGAGAGAUCCAAGGUGUAAAUGGCUGAAAUGAAAGGGUAGGAAAGUAAGAGUAAUGGAAUAAGAGGUUAUUGCUGAUUGUAGUGCGCAGAGUGAUGUCUUAAAUUUCUUCUAAAACGUGGGAUGGUCCUCGGUUGUUCUGUUGUCUAGAGGGAGAGCACUCCAAAGUUACAACCUUUGUACAGAUGGUGAUCAGCCUUCUCUCUUUGCCUUCUUAAAUCACUUGACCUGGACACAUGCUUCUGUGGUGCACCUAAGGCGAUGAGAUGGGAUAUUAAAUGUAUGGCUAUCCUGCAGGAAGUUUGGAGGAAAGACGAGACAGGGGGGAUAUGAUAGAAACAUUUAAAUACAUAAAGGGAAUCAACACAGUAAAGGAGGAGACUAUAUUUAAAAGAAGAAAAACUACCACAACAAGAGGACAUAGUCUUAAAUUAGAGGGGCAAAGGUUUAAAAAUAAUAUCAGGAAGUAUUACUUUACUGAGAGGGUAGUGGAUGCAUGGAAUAGCCUUCAGCUGAAGUUGUAGAGGUUAACACAGUAAAGGAGUUUAAGCAUGCGUGGGAUAUGCAUAAGGCUAUCCUAGAUAUAAGAUAAGGCUGUCCUUUCACUAGUCCCUGUGGACUAGUGAAAGUAUUUUUUAAAAAAUUGGGCAGACUAGAUGGGCCGAAUGGUUCUUAUCUGCUGUGAAAUUCUAUGUUUCUAUGAUAUUGUGGUUUGUGAUGGAGGAGUGCUCUGUGGCCCACAAUGAGGAGUUUAGAGGAUGCAUGUUUAGAUAGAGCUAAUGUAAUUGCUUGCGUUCACCCGAGAUGCAGUCACAUGCCUGUUUACCUGUAGGGGUGAGAAAAGUUUGUCUGUCAUACCUACAUACAGAGCAUUGUUGGGAUCUAGGCUUGACAAUACAAGCAAUGCUGUGACUGCUUUGGGGUAAGCUAAUGUGUUAUCCAGCAAAUCAUCCCCCGUGUAGACUUAGUAUUUGCUUCUAUGUAUGUUUUAAGUGAAUUGUAGCUGUUGAAUAUUAAUUCAAGGCGUUUAACCUGUUGGGAAGGUGGUGUGGGAGAGAUGUUAAAAGGUUUCUGUACUGCUAAUCUAGUUUUGUUGAAGGCGACUGUAAAUGAACUUUGAUCAUACAUUUUAUAUUCUACUUUUAUUGAUUUGAUUCAUGCACUACCCUUUGGGCUUAGCACUCAUUUUAAUCUUUUACUGUAGCACAUCAUAAAACAUUUAUAAUUUGACUUCCGAAUAGUGACCCAGCCAGUUUGGUUCUUAAAAAUAUAUUCAGUUUUACAGUAGGUCAUGCAGUCACCUAUAAAAGUCAUUAACAGCCAUUCCUCUGGCCACAUCCCCUAAAUUGAAUUUGAAAUGUUGGGAUGUAGGCAGACUGGUUCCAUCCAAAGUUCAGGUCUGAAUUGCCAGACAAGUUUCAAUUCUCUUUUAAUUUUGUUAGAAGACUUGACCUUGAUUGACAUUGGUGCCUUAGAGCAAUCUGUGAUCUACUGGAAUCCAUUAUGUAGCCAGUCAGACAUAUAGCCAUGUUAUGAUACUCUCUCAUUUACCAAAAUAACUAUACAUAGGACAUGCACAAUUCUAUUAGGCCAUUAUUCCAUAAAACAUUGCGGUGGCACCACUAAUGGUACAGGAUUUAUGGGUGUUCCAGUGGAGAUAAUAAUAAAAUUCGAGCCCUUGGAAGUGUAUGAGGACUGGUUUUGAUCUUAACUGAGAGAAUAUUUAAAUGUCCACUGUAUACCUUGUCACCAGCUGGUAUCCGUGUUUCAGCUGGUGUCAAUCAUAGAUUCUGUGAUUUACUGGUGGACCUGGUGUUAAAACAUCUAACUUAAAAAAACUUGGGAGAUGGGAGUUGUAGGUCAAAAAGAUCUGAGAAUGGUGGGCAUUGUUUGACCUCCAUAAACACUGUUUUUUUUUAAUUGUCUGAAAUAUAUGGAGGCAUUCUGGGAGUGAGACUCUGUAACUGAUAACACCUUGAUUGGUAACUUUAAAAGGAUGUACACAAAAUACGAGGAGAAAACAGAACCAGGAUGAAGAAAAAUAUGUGUUCCUUAUAUGGGGGAAGGUUAUAUACUUUUGGCCGAGAAGGCACGUAAAAUUGAGUGAGUGUACCAGCCCAUCGCAAAGCUCAGUCUUUCUCAAUCUUUUAUAAUUUAUAUACAUAUUGUUGUAACUAUGAGUAGAGAAUAAUGUAAUACUGUUUUACAUAUCUGUUUUUAAAGUAUGUGCAAAUUGACCUCUCUUGUUUUCAGUCCAUUUAACUCCCAUGUAGACUUCAUGGUCCUUUUCUGCCCAACGAUCUAUGCACCUCUAGUCUCUUUGUUCUAUUCUCAGUGGGAAACUAUUUUCAGCUAACACAGUUUAAGUUUAAUUGUAUAAUACAGGAUUAAAUAAUCUCGUAGCAGUUGGUCGGUAGAGCUAUUGAUUUGAAUCUGUGCUUGUUAUCCUUCAACAUAGACCUGGUUGGAGAUUUAUUCAUCAUCUGUAUAACUAUCUCAGUUGAAUUGAAAUGUAUUAUAGAAAAAAAAACAAAAAAAAACUAAUUCUGAAAACUCCCUGAAUUAGAGACUUUCCAGCGACACAUGGGAUUUGACUACACUGGGGAGGCAAUGUUGCUAUAGUAACCAAUCUACUAUUGGUAUUUAACUGGGGAUUAAAGAUGGUGAUGUGCCUAUUCUAAGGUGAUGUGCCUAUUCUAACCAAUGAGGUUGAAGAGCUAUUGAUGUAUAAGAAAGAAAUGUUGAUGUAAAAUGCGAUUCAAGCUAAUCAUGAAAUAAAUGGCGAUCAACCAAGAAAUUAGAGACGUUAUAGAAAUAACAUCUCUUGAUAUUAAUGCAGCCCUGUCCAGUAUCAAUUAAACAUUAACAAGGAAACUGUCUCAGGCUUGUCAUUGGGCAUUUAACACAAAUGCAGGGUACAGCAUCAGUGACAAGUGUCACAAUAAAGUGACAUUGAGAGGACACUAUAGUAACCCCUAUAGCAUUUCAAUAAGCUGACGUUCUUUAGGCAUUUGGAGUGUUUGGGAUUUCUGUCUAUCUGCUUGUUAUUUAGAAUUAAUGGUUAAUUUGCCAGAAUUUGGUCCAAAUUAUUCCUUUUUUUUUUAGAUGUAAAAUUUUAUUUUUUUAAAUAAUAUACAAUGUUCCGAUUGAUGCAUCUAAUCUUGCAUACAAUCUGCAGCUGAGUGGCCAAGCACUGAUACACAUGACACUGUUGCCUUUUGUUUCCUUAUUUACUACGCCCAUGGGACCAGAUUUGGAUUGUGUCCUUGUAAAAGCAAGAAAUGUCCUUUAACGAGUUUCAUUUAGCAAACUGCUUUCUUCGUAUAAAUUCUCCAUGAAGGAGUUGACUAGUAAGAUAAAAUGCAUCAAAUUCUACUGGGGCACAAUUUGAAUUUAUAUUUAUGUUUUCUAUUUUCUAUUUCUAUUUUCUAUUUCUAUUUUCUUCAUAUUUGUGGUUUAUUUUAUGCCCUCAAAAGUUACUAAAAUUCUAGUAAAAUAUAUAAAAAAAAAAAAAAAGGAUUUACCCCUUAAGGACACAUGACAUGUGUGACAUGUCAUGAUUCCCUUUUAUUCCAGAAGUUUGGUCCUUAAGGGGUUAAACAUGUUUGUUUGUUUUUUUUUUCUUAUAUUUUGUUUUUGUGCCAUUGGACUAAUGUUAUCAUGGUCUUUCCAUUCCCAUGACCUUUUCAGGGUUAUCUGGAAGAGCUAGUACGUCUGCGAGAGUCUCAGUUGAAGAAUUUGGAAGCUGAAAACAAGCGUCUUACUCAGCGGAUCAGUGAACAGGCAGAACAGAGUCUGCAAGAGAAGCAUCAAUUGGAGGGAGUAAUUCUGGAAUUACAAGAACAACUGUGAGUUCUAGAGUCUCUAUGUAACCACAUAUAUUUGUGCUAACUCAUGUAAUAAAUCCUCAUCUUCCCUCUGCACUGUACCUUUCAACCACCAACUCACUAAGACCACAUACUGACCAAAAACAAUCGAUGAUCCGUGUCUUAGUAAGAUAUAGAUUUCCAAUCAGGAAUUGAAGUAGAACCCCAAAAACUGAAUUAUCACGGAUUCCUUUCACAUGUCAUUCAUGACCUUUCUACAAGAAAAACAACCAAAACCACACACCAGAGACACAUUCUUCAUCCAGACACAUGUCCUCUAAAUCAGUGUCAGGAAAUUUUAGUCCUAAAGGACUAGUUAAAGGCCCCGGAUUUUGGGAUAUCACUACUGAAAAAGAGAUGUGUCGACCAAUGGAUCAGCCAUUUAGAUUGCCCUUAAAUAGGUAGAUAUAUUUGGUUAUGGCCUGAAUUGGUUCUGUACAUUUCUCAUAUACCCCCCUUCCCCCAUCUGCAGGCUUUUACUAGCUAGAAUUGCCUACCACUGAUUCUAGGACGCAUGCAUAGGAACCAGACCUUUAUUAAUAUAUAUAUAUUAAGUCAAAACUCACCUAGGUGUCCAUAAACUGGAUUCUCAUCCCAUUGCAGAUUGAAAUACUCGGCUUUUAUGCAACACACUCACCAGCCACUCAACCAUUAGAUCUUUCAAGACACUUGGUCAUUAACAAGGACGUCUAUUGGGUAUUAACCAUAACAUGGUGGUAGGCAACCUUCAGCACUCCAGAUGUUUCAGACUACAUCUCCCAAAUUGAUCUUGCAGCCACGAUGCUUACAAAGCAUCAGGGGAGAUGUAGUCAACAACUUCUGACACACCGAACGUCGCCUAACCCCUUUUUAAGCUAGUUCAUACUGCAUGCUUUACCAUGAUACACACCAACCCAGAGGCAUGGAAACCAUAACAGCCCUGUGGUUGUCCUACUAGGUAGGGUAGCAUGUAAUCAGGGUCAUGCACGGUCUGUCCAUGGCAGGAGGGUAUGCCAGACAUUAUGAAAUGAAUGUAUUGCAUGUCUGAGUGCUUUCUCUAUGUGAUUCCAGCACUGGCCUCCUCCCUUCUGAAACUGCCCCCAUCAAACAGUUCACUCCCAGCCUGGGAGCCCCUCUGGGAAACCAAUGGCCGUCACUGAGCACUCUUAAUGAUAAUGAGGCAUCAGUUAAGCCUUCGCUGUACAGGAGGUAAGACACAGCCCAUACACAUGGUAACUCACUGAACAGAUCAUAGAUCAUGAGCACUGUUCGCUCCAUACCUCGUCAUGUCCAAUGUACAGACCAUCUCUCCAUAAGUCUCCAUACGUGUGUCUGAUCUACAGUGCUACUUCUGUAAUCCAUGUUUCAUCUCCGAAGACCAUUGCUGUAAUAAUCUUCAUAUAAAUCACAAAAUAUAAAUCAGGGUAGGGAAGCUUUGGCACUUUGGAUGUUGUGGACUGCAUCUUCCAUAAUGUUGACCAAGCAUCAAGGAAGAUGUAGUCCACAACAUCUUAAGUGUUGAAGGUUGUCUACACUUGUUAAAAAUUAAAAGAGUACUCCAAAACCCAAAUAAAAGUAAAAAGCAAUGUUUAGUAGAUAUAUCCAAAAGAAAACAUUUCUUUUGGGGUAUAUGUCCCAUUCUAACUUCGUCCAAUCAUUCUGUGACUGUCCAAUCACAGACUUCCCAAUGCAGCUCAAUGAGAAGUCUUUGCAAGGCAGGUGCUCUGGGCAAUUGCUGCCUCUUAAGUUUAGCUCCACUGAGCUAACCAAACCAGGAAGUAACAGGAGCGGUUGUCUGAUUGACAGCCAAGGGGGUGUUACCAGGUUAAUUUAUAAACAUGCCAAUUUCUAUUGAAAUCUGCACUUUUUGUAAAAGGGAAAAAAAGAAAGAAAAGAGGUCACAGUCUUCACACAGAACUAACUAGCUGACAGGAAGUCACGUGAUGCUUAUAGACCACAGAAAACGUCACACUUUCAACCAAAGACUGAAGAGCUCUGAGAGGAGAUACAUUAUAUGUGUCAUUUAGUCAGAGCAAACAGCUUAAUUUUAUUUAUUAUUAGUAUGAGGCUAGGGGGCAUUAGACCCAUUGGAAAGAGAGGAUGGGGGUACUGGCCCUGAAAUGAUAAAAUAGUUAUGCAGGAGACCAGGCCAGACACGAUGUAAGGCCCUGGAUGCUGGAAUAUUCAUGGACAAUUGUCCCCCUGUAGUUUUUAGUAUAUCCACAUUUUUCUCUAGGUAAUUUUUCCCCCCUCUCCUAACAGCUUAUUAUCCAUGAUUCUAAAAAAAAUAAAAAUAUUUUGGCUCAAAAAAAAAACAAACAAAAAAAUAAGGCGGCUUUGCUGUAGGCUCAGCCUGUAGUUGUAGAAGGGCUUAGCCGGCCUAUAAAUUCUCAGGCCUCCCCUUCCUCUGGGCAGAUACUUCCUGGUUCAGCCAAUCCACCGCUUCCUUUAUCAAGACAUUUACUUGGUAGGCCCUCUUUUUACAGGCCUACCCAAAUGUCCGAUCCAGCACACCACAACUGACUUACACCACCACUACUAUACCUCGGCUUAUUGUUCCCAACCACAAAUAAACGUUAUAUUUUCAAAUGUAAAAACAUCAUUGGAAUCACUCCUUCCAUCAUUGUAAGAGCAACUAUUCAUAUAACCUUUAACUCCUUAAGGUCCAAACUUCUGGAAUAAAAUGGAAUCAUGACAUGUCACACAUGUUAUGUGUCCUUAAGGGGUUAAAGGUUUUGAAUAAUCUCAAAGUCGAACUGUGUAUCCUAAGUAGGUCCUGCGUUUCUCCCCCACAAAGCCUAAUGUUAAUGGAAAGGGCGACCAUGGAGUCAAUCCAUUAGUAAGCCCUAGCCAAGCUGAUAUCUUGCUCUGGACUGUGCAUCUGUCCAAUGAGCCCAUUUUGAGACCAGCAAAGGCAUAGAAGGUUCUUACUUAUAAAAGCAGGACACGGGGUCAGAGAACCCUAGUUGUUCAAUUAGAAUUGUAAUUCAUACCAUGAUUAUCAGUGUUCCAAUGUGGAAAUGAUCUAUUCUGAAUGAAACUAAAUACGGAAAAUAACUCUGAAACAACACAAAAUUUGUGCACCGUUAUUUGCAUUUUUAAAUUGGCAUGUUUAAAAAUGGCAAUCCCACAUAAGGGUACCAAAUUAGGGAGCUAUCUUGCAGCUGCUUAGUAGAUAAUUCCCUAAUCUGAUAUCCUUUCAGUUGCGUAGAAGGUAAGUCCCUAAUUUGUGACAAUCCCACGUAAGAAUACUAAAGUAGGUAACUAUCUACAAACCGUUCAAAGAGCAGAAUUAAGAAAAAGCAUUUUUUCUUAAUUUUUCUGUUAAAGAUGCAUAGUAGACAAGUCUUUAAUUUGCUGUCAUUAUGAAAAUGACCGGAUCCAAAAUAUAUAUUGUUUCAGUUCGUUCCAAAUUUGUUCAUCAGUUCAUUUAGUUUUGUAAAGAAUUUGGAAAUUCGGAUGAAAUUCAAUUCAGAACAAAGCAAAAUACACAUGUUUACUCCUUAAACACUUGGCUCGUCCUUUUUAUAUGACUGGUAGACUGUGAGGUUGUUUGGGUAGGGCCCUCUUCACUUACUAAUCCAGCAUGUCAAUCAUGUUUUGCAAAAAAUGUAGUGUCUGUCUUGCUUACCUGUUGUACAGCACUGUGGAAUAUGUUUGCGCUAUAUAAAUAAUUGUAAUUGGACCAGGUUAGCAAACUUUCUAUAUACACUUACCUUUUAUUUUUUUAGCCAAUUCGGUGCCCCAUACCAGAAGUGGAUGUGAUGCACAGAUCAAAGUGUUACUUAAAGGACCACUAUAGGCACCCAGACCACUUCAGCUUAAUGAGGUGGUCUGGGUGCCAGGUCCUUCUAGGUUUAACCCUUUUUUUUUUUUUUUAUAAACAUAGCCGUUUCAGAAAAACGGCUAUGUUUAUUAUAGGGUUAAUCCAGCCUCCAGUGGCUGUCUCUUGACAGCCGCUAGAGGCGCUUGCGUGCUUCUCACUGUGAUUUUCACAGUGAGAAGACGCCAGCGUCCAUAGGAAAGCAUUGUAAAUGCUUUUCUAUGGACUGGCUGAAUGCGCGCGCAGCUCCUGCCGCGCAUGCGCAUUCAGCCGAAGAGGAGGAGAGCUCCCCGCCCGGCGCUGGAGAAAGAGGUAAGUUUAACCCCUUCCUCUCCAUCCAGCCCGGCGGGAGGGGGUCCCUGAGGGUGGGGGCACCCUCAGGGCACUAUAGUGCCAGGAAAAAGAGUAUGUUUUCCUGGCACUAUAGUGGUCCUUUAAUAGUUUCAUAGUUAUUGUGAAAAUCUUUGCUCAUGGAGAUACGCACAUUUUUCUGUUGUAUGAAAGAGCCCUUAGCUAAAUGAACUCAUGUAUUAUAUCUUUCAUCUGAAAGCACCAUUAUCUUGCGGUCUGCAGAGUAUUGUGGUAAUCUGUGUAUUUCUGUAUUUCGUUCCCUGCAGACACAGCUACCUGAGCACAGAACAUCUAUCUGCUGAGCUCAGUCUAAGCUCCGAGUUCCAGCGCGGAGAUGGUAAGCAGGAUGGCGAGCCCUGGGGUCCUAUUGGUAAGUGAAUGCAGGGUUGUGCGCGUGAUGGGAGGAGAGCUGUGUAUCUGUGCGUGGCUGGUGUCAACUCAAUAGAACCUUGAUACAGUUACUGAACUGUUACAGAACUUCACUGGAACUCAACUAUCUACUUUAGCUACAUCUUGUGACGCUGACUAUGGCAGAACAUAAGGAAAAAUUAACAUGUAAAUCUGUAAACGUCCAUGAAAUGAGGCUGAGUAUAUAUGCUGAGGUUAAAGUGGACCUGACCAAAUAGGCACCUUACUGAAAUAGAACAUUUUUAGGACUUCCAUAUUCAAUUAUUCUUUGGGAGGGAGUGACUGUAUUUAGAAUGUUUCGGUAGGAUGAGUGUGAUGUUGUAGAGAUGUAACCAAAAUGAGAUCUUAAAAACUUGCAUCUUGAAUUAUUAAAAUGACACUAUAGUCACCAGAACAGCUACAGCUUAACGGCCUUUUCAGAGACGGCAACUAGAGGUGUUUCUUGCACCUCUAGUGGCCGUCCACGCUGUGCAUGGAGGCUAAUUUUCCCCAUUCCUGGCCAAUCAAUGUCAGCAUCACCUAUGGGUUAGCUCAGCUGAUAGGACAGGAAUCUAAAUUUCAAAUGAUGGUAUAUAAGGAAUCCACCUGUCCAGAAUAAGCAGUCUUUUUUCCUGUCCUCCAUGUUGGAGAUAAGGCGGUUCUAAGGUUGGUUCCGAUUUUCAUUCAAAAGGUUCCUUUCCUAAUUUCACCUGAACAGGAGAUUAUCCUACCUUCUUUCUUGGAAAGCCCUUCUUCUGAAGAAUCCCUUUGGCAUACUUUGGAUGGGGUUAGGUCUUUAUGCAUUUACCUUAAUCGUAGUAAAGAAUUUAGUAAGUCAAAUAGACUUUUAUUGUACUUUUUUGGUUACCAUAAAUGUAUAUCUGUCUCUGUUUCUACUAUCAGGAGAUGGAUUACUUCUGCGAUUCAGGGUCACUGACAAACCCGUGCCAGAAAGUGUUAAAGCUCUCUCGACCUAUGGCUGUCUCGGCCUCUUUGGCGGAUACUUCUACAGAAGAAGUUUAUAGGGCUGUAGCCUGGUCAUCUUUCAACACUUUUGCGAGGCACUAUCACCUAGACGUUUCAGGCUCCUGUCCCUCCUCAUUUGGGAGAAAUGUCCUACUUUCACAACUGUUUCAUUAAAUUUGGUAUAGGAUUGAUACGGUAUAAUUUUUUUUAUUUUUUUAUCACCCACCCUUUACUUUUGCCUGGGAAGUCCCACAGGUGAUGCUGACAUGGAUUGGCCUGGAAAACAGAAAAUUGUUACAAUACUUACCGUAAUUUUCUUUUCCUGGCAAAUAUCCAUGUCAGCAUCAACGAACCCUCCUCUUUUUACUGGACUGACUUGGUUACGAGACUGCUUAUUCUGGGCAGGUGGAUUCCUUAUAUACCAUCAUUUAAAAUUUAGAUUCCUGUCCUAUCAGCUGAGAGGGAGGAGCUAACCCACAGGUGAUGCUGACAUGGAUAUUUGCCAGGAAAAGAAAAUUACAGUAAGUAUUGUAAAAACAUUUUUGUUAUAGGAAUGCAAAGAUUGAAUGCAUCUCUUUGAGAUGAGGAUUGCUGCAGCCCAAUAUUUUGCUGCGCAUGCGCAACAGCCUCCCAAUGAUUUUCUAUGGGAAAACAGUGGAUUGGCUAAGAUCAUCAAUAUUGAUGAUCUUAGCCAAGGGGGCGGAACCAGCUUUGUCAGAACCAUGCAGCACUGGAAUAAAGAUAUAGUUUUAACAAGGGCCAGGGGAGUGGGGCUGGCACCUAAAUGGUGUUUUUAACACAGUAGUGUCAGGAAAACACGUUUGUAUUCCUGAUGCUAUAGUGUUCCUUUUAGAAAUAAAGAAAGUGAAUAAAGUGUGAAAUGUCAAUUUUAAACAAACCUCUCAAAAAAUGUAAUAAAAAUUUGAAUGAAUACCAGAUAUUUUCUAAUUGAUCAUUUUUACUGUUGUUGUUUAGGAAAGGAUCCUACACCAUCAAUGUUGGGUCUAUGUGGAUCUCUGGCUUCCAUUCCAAGUUGUAAAUCUCUGCCAAGUCUGAAAUCCAACGAAUGCCUUGUGAGCAACAGCAGUGAGACCAGCCCAACUGGAAGCCCUAGCUGAGCCCACCCUAUGGAGAACCCAGAACCAUCACAACCGCAAAAAAAUAGGAGCCUAAGCUAAAACUCCCACAAUCAUCCCAUGACCAACCUGCUGAAAAGGCCACUAAUCCUAUCCACUUCCAGCUCAAAUGAAAUUGGGGGCUUCUGACCUGGGCACCUGCUGACUCAAGAAGAAAAAAAUUCUGUAACACAAAAUAUGCAACUGACUAGAAGUUGGGUCCCCAGAGUGAGACAACUCAUUCACCUUAUAACCCAAAAGUUCCCUAAAAAGCAGCACAAGACCUAAACUUCUAGAAGGUGUUGGCCAGAAGAAGACUUCAACAGCAAUGUAUUGGAAUUCACGAGUGGAAGCCAUAAACACACCUCAUACCUAGUCCUGUCCAUUACUGGUGUCCUAUUGUAAAGACUCAAACGCAUCACAUUCACUAGAACCUGGAAGUAAUCAGAACACCAAAUCAAGAGCUUGAGUUUACCCCAAAAUGCCUCAGUCCCGAGAGACCUAAUACCACCUAACAUAUUUUUCCAUGUGGACCUAAAACAGGCCUAAGUUCAUGAAUGUGGGAAGGGUGGAACUCGUCCUUAACUGAUUCCAUCAUAUAUUGUGUGUCACUGGUACCCACUAUGCGUGUCAUGGAAGAUGCUUCCUACAGUGGGAGCUUCUCCAUUAUGCCUAUUAAAACUGCAAAACUCUAAAAGUUGUAUGUUUUACUGGGAUGAUGGUGGGGACCUAACACUGAAACCCACCCAUAUCUAAAUCUCUGUAUACAUACAUCCCCAGUAAGUCGACUGGGGAAUACUCACACCCCGCAGAACAUCAACUAUAUAUUAGCCUAUCCCGCACGUUACGUGCAACAAAUCUUCAACUGCAACAGAUGGUUUUAAUAUCUGUCCAAGGCAAUUCAGUACGCAGCAGUCUAUCAUCGGCUUCAGGUUGGGAGAAAUAGAGGGGUUUCGAGAAUCAGAGUUAGGUUAGUCUAGUUUCCAUCUCCAUGCCCUCUGGGUCUCUCUUGUUGAACCCAUGGAGUCCUGUGUUUCUCUCCAUGCCCUCAUCACUCAACCCUUGAG